CAAUUUGGAAAAAUCGAAAUGGCGAGUGAAGACGAUGACAUCCCCGAUAGUGGUGCUGUGUUCACAUUUGGCAAGAGUAGGUUUGCCGACAAUACAGCCAAUAAAUUCUGGAUCCGCAAUGACAAGGUGGUUCAAGUCAGGUGUGGAGAUGACCAUUCUGCUUUAGUAACGGAAAAUGGACGCCUGUAUGUAUUUGGAGCAAACGACUGGGGCCAGCUUGGAUUAGGACACACAAAGACAGUCAAUAAACCUAGCAGUGUCAAAGGUCUUAAGCAUGCAGGUGUGGUACAGAUCUCCUGUGGCAGGGUUCACACUAUAGCACUAACUAGAGAUCAUCAACUACACUCAUUUGGAGCAGGAGGAGAGGGUCAACUUGGGCAAGGGGAUUCUAAGCAAUAUGAAACGCCAAAGACCAUUGAAGCUUUAGAGCAACAAGAAUAUCUCAUGCUGUCAUGUGGCACUGAUCACUCUGCCGCCCUCACUGCCGAUGGCACCCUGUACACUUGGGGAGGUGGAUCAGAAGGUCAGCUAGGUCAUGGUGAUGAUACAGAGAUUGAGAUACCAAGGCAGUUAUCUAUGAGUGUACCUAUUAGAAUGGUAUCAUGUGGAUACUAUCAUACUGCUCUACUGACAGAGGAUAAGAAGCUUUACACAUUUGGUGAGGGAGAAGGGGGUAAGCUUGGGCUAGGUGAAGCACAUUUAGAUGGAGUCAAUGAACCCCAACAUGUUUCCUUCUUCACUGAGCCUGUUCAGAGUGUAUCAUGUGGUAAUGCACACACUGCAGCAAUAACAGAUGAAGGUCAUGUUUACACAUUUGGUAAUGGUGCUAGUGGUCAGCUUGGACAUGGCCCUGACCUUCUUGUGACUAACAUUCCUAAGAGGAUUGCAAGGCUUGAAUGGACAAGAUGUAAAUGGGUUUCCUGUGGUGAAAGCCACACUGCAGUAAUCACAGCUAAAGGAUGUCUUUAUACAUUUGGAGACGGUCGCCAUGGUAAACUUGCUCAGGGAGAAGAGAGUUUUUCCAACGUCUUCAUCCCGUCCAAGGUCCUUCGCUUUAAUGGAUUCCUUGUACAAGAAGUAUCCUGCGGUGGUUGUCACACCUUAGUCAGAGCCAGAAGAAGAGCUCCGCCCAAUGACCCAGCCUCGGACUCUGAACCAGAGGAGGCAGAGCCUAAGUUCAAGGAUCCAGUGAUGGGAGCUAACCUGAUGAAACUGGCGAAUAAUAUUGAUCUAAAUGGAUCAUUAGGGGGUACUGCUAGGAUAAGAAGAAGACAAAGAGAGCCAUCUCCCCUUCCACCGCUUAGUAGGACCCUACCUCCUCUGGCAUCAUCGACCCCCAAGUCUUCAGGCCUGAAUUCACGCACUCUACCUCCCACCACACUCAAGCCCCUUAACAACCACACCAUACCAAAGAUGAAACUACGUGAUGAUGAUGAUGAGACUGAUGGACCAAGAGGUGGAGGAGAUGAACCAGAUUCAGCAAAGCCAAGAAAACAAAGUGAUGAUGACAGUGCAAUGGAAGAUGAUCAACAAAGUGAAAAUGAAGAUAGGGAAAUGUCUAAGGAUCAAGAUCCAUUUGCAACUACACAUUUUUCUAAGAGUGGGACCAAGGAGGGAAUGAAACCCUUAAUCAUGGCUCGCUCUAAGAAGCAGUCUCAAAAAGAACCAGCAGAUAAACCAAAGGCAAUAGAAGUUACUCCGCUUGACAGAAGGAAAGAACCUGAGAAGGAAGAAGAUAGUGAAGAGGAGGAAGAAGAGGAGGAAGAAGAAUCUGAGAGCGAAGAAGAAAGCAAACCCCAAAAAGGUAAAAUGACACUAUCAAUGAUGGCAUCUUCCAAAUCAAACUCAAGUAAAACACAACCAAGAAGAACGGUAGAAGAAGAUGAGAAUGAUGAUGAUGAGGAGGAAGACAACUCAGAGGAUGAUAGUAGUAAUCAGAAGAAACCACCAAUUCCAAUCAAAAGGGAUGUUAUGAAGAAGAAGGAUGAAUCAUCAGAAGAGGAGGAAUCAGAAGAAGAAGAGAAAGAGAAAGUAGCACCUGUAAAUGGGACAAACAACUUAGAGACCAAAGCCAAGCCAGGAACGAGCAAGAAGAAGGAAGAUGAUGACGAGGAGGACGAUGACGAUGAGGACGAUGAUGAGAGCAAAGAUAAGAAAUCAGAUCCGUUAAAGACAACCAAAAAUAAAUCUGAAGAAGAGCCUGAACCCAAGGCAUGGCAGUUCUGGAAGAAGAAGAAAAAACCAGAGUCACCAAGUAUAUCAACCGCUUCACCAACAGCAUCAACAACAUCAACAUCAUCCAGCAAGAAACCUGGUGAUCAGGGUGGAUCAAAGGCUUGUAUCAUCUUAUAAAGACAACAACAUCAACAUCAUCCAGCAAGAAACCUGGUGAUCAGGAUGGAUCAAAGGCUUGUAUCAUCUUAUAAAGACAACAACAUCAA